AUGCAGCCCUCGGACAAUGUUGUCUCUAAACCGCUGCAGCCUCCGGGCGCGGGGUGCAAAGUGCGGAGACGCGGUCCGAGGCUCCUCGGGCUGGACCGGCCGCCAGACAACAGCCGGGCAGAGCCGGGCGCUGGCAGGGACCAGGCUACGCGGGUCCUGCCUUCACCAAACCACACGCGCAGCGGGAUCGGGGAACCGCGGUCCCUGCAGAAAACUCCCGCGACGGUCACGGCGGAGUCGCGCUGCAAGUUGCUCAGCUGGUUGAUCCCCGUGCACCGCCGGUUCGGCCUCUCCUUCGAGUCGCUGUGCCUGGCGGUGAACACCCUGGACCGCUUCCUCGCCACCACGCCGGUGGCCGCCGACUGCUUCCAGCUGCUCGGGGUCACGGCGCUGCUCAUCGCCUGCAAACAGGUGGAGGUGCACCCGCCGCGCGUGGAGCAGCUCCUGUCGCUGUGCGGCGGCGCCUUCUCGCGGCAGCAGCUCUGCAACCUGGAGCGCAUCGUGCUGCACAAGCUGAGCUUCAGCCUGGGCGCGCCCACCCUCAGCUUCUUCCUGGAGCACUUCACGCACGCGCGCGUGGACGCCGGGCAGGCCCCCGUCUCCCACGCGCUGGAGGCGCAGGCGCUGGCGCGCGCCGUGGCCGAGCUGAGCCUGGCCGACUACGCCUUCAGCAGCUACGCCCCUUCCCUGCUCGCCAUCUGCUGCCUGGCGCUGGCCGACCGGCUGCUCGGGCUCCCGCGCCCCGUGGACCUGCGCCUGGGCGGGCACCCCGAGCCCGAGCUGCAGGACUGCCUGGCGCAGCUGCGGCUCCUGGUGGCCAUCAACGGCGCGCCCCUGGCCCACAUGCUGCGCCUCCAGGCCUGCGGCGAGAGCAGCCUGUCCCUGAGCCCCAGCUGA